GUCACACACGCUCACAUUUCUCGUUCAUUGGUUUCCCCCAAUGCGCCGAUGCGCCGGCGGGGUGCGUAAAUCCUUUCCCCCUCUUUGGCACAGCCUCUCCAGUCUGCCAGAGGAAAGCAGUCGUGCUCCCAGUGGAAGAUGGCGGUGGGGAUGCUGUCUGGGGCUGGAGCUGAGUGCUGGAUUUGCACAAGAAGCGAACCCGGAUGGAUACUAAGACAAAAAUGAACGCUUUCCCAUCACUUCUCAUCGAGGAUCGGACUCAUUUGGGAUUGUUUAGCUAGAUUCUUUUGCCCUGUUUUCUGGCAAAAAGCCGGGCUUUCUUGUCGGAGACUCUGCGUUGAUAGCUGGGCUAAUAGACAGGGUGGGAGUGAAAAGUGGACGAAAAUGUCGGAUACAAAGGUAAAAGUUGCAGUGAGAGUUCGGCCCAUGAACCGCAGGGAAAUUGAACUGAAUACAAAAUGUGUCGUGGACAUGGAGGACAAUCAAACUGUUCUGCACCCACCGCCCUCCAAUGCAAAAGGAGAGAACAGGAAACAACCUAAGGUGUUCGCAUUUGACCACUGUUUCUGGUCCAUGGAUGAGUCCAACGUUCCCAAAUAUGCCGGUCAAGAGGUGGUGUUCAAGUGCCUUGGAGAGGGGAUACUUGAAAAUGCAUUCCAGGGAUAUAACGCCUGCAUAUUUGCUUACGGACAAACAGGCUCAGGCAAGUCCUUUUCCAUGAUGGGCAAUGGAGAGCAGCCAGGCUUAAUUCCUCGACUCUGCUGCUCGUUGUUUGAGAGGGUCCACAGGGAGGCAAACGAAGGCCAUUCUUUUAAGGUGGAAGUUUCCUACAUGGAGAUCUACAAUGAGAAAGUCCGUGACCUUCUGGAUCCCAAAGGGAGCCGACAGUCCCUGAAAGUUCGGGAACACAAAGUCUUUGGUCCGUAUGUGGACGGUCUGUCUCAGCUGGCUGUGACCAGCUUUGAGGACAUUGAGGUGUUGAUGUCAGAGGGGAACAAAUCUCGCACAGUUGCAGCCACCAACAUGAAUGAGGAGAGCAGCCGAUCACACGCCGUCUUCAGUAUCAUUGUCACGCAAACGCUCUAUGAUCUACAGUCUGGAAAUUCAGGGGAGAAAGUGAGCAAAAUGAGUCUGGUUGACCUGGCAGGAAGUGAACGUGUGUCGAAGACUGGAGCUGCUGGGGAGAGACUCAAAGAAGGAAGCAAUAUAAACAAGUCUCUCACCACAUUAGGAUGUGUGAUUUCUGCUUUGGCUGAUCAGUCUGCAGGAAAGGGGAAGGCCAAGUUUGUGCCUUACAGAGACUCAGUGCUCACCUGGCUACUGAAGGACAACCUUGGCGGAAACAGCAAGACCGCCAUGAUAGCCACGGUGAGUCCAGCUGCUGAUAAUUAUGAGGAGACUUUGUCCACUCUACGUUACGCCGACAGGGCCAAGAGAAUCGUCAACCAUGCCGUUGUGAAUGAAGACCCCAAUGCUCGGAUCAUCAGAGAGCUCAGGGAAGAGGUGGAGAAGCUGAAAGUUCAGCUCUCUCAGGCCGAGUCCAUGAAGGCUCCUGAGCUGAAGGAGAAACUGCAGGAGUCUGAGAAACUCAUCCAAGAGAUGACAGUCACCUGGGAGGAGAAGCUAAGAAAGACAGAGGAGAUUGCCACUGAGCGUCAGAAGCAGUUGGAAAGCAUGGGCAUCUCCUUGGAAACGUCUGGGAUUAAAGUGGGUGAAGACAAGUGUUUCCUGGUCAAUCUGAAUGCUGAUCCUGCCCUAAAUGAGCUGCUGGUCUACUACCUGAAGGAGCACACGCGUGUGGGUGCAGACACAUCUCAGGACAUCCAGCUCUUUGGGAUCGGGAUACAGCCAGAGCACUGCGUCCUGGAGGUGUGCCCAGAUGGUGAUGUCACCCUGAUGCCAGUAGGGAAUGCCAGGACCUGUGUGAAUGGAACUAUGAUUGAUUCAUUAGUACACUUGUGGCAUGGAGACCGUAUCUUAUGGGGAAAUAAUCACUUCUUCAGGAUCAAUCUGCCUAAACGAAAGCGGCGGGACCGUUUGAAGGAGCUGGAGAGAGCAUCUCCCAGAGAGAGCUUUGUUGAGGCAGACAUUGAGACAGCCAGCGAGGCCUCUUCUGAGCAAGACUACACUUAUGAGUUUGCCCAGAUGGAGGUCAUAAUGAAGACUCUUGGAAACAAUGACCCCAUGCAGAAUGUGGUCCAGGUGUUGGAGAAGCAGUAUCUGGAGGAGAAGCGUACGGCCCUGGAGGAGCAAAGGAUGAUGUACGAAAGAGAGCUGGAGUCGCUGCGGCAACAGCUGUCUCCAGAGAAAACCUCACAGCAUCACCGCAGCAGCAGCGACCGCCUCACGUUCUCAACGCACGCGCCGCACGGCAAGCUGCGACUGUGGACGGAGGAGCGGGAUGAGCUUUUUCGCCAGAGCCUUUCCCGACUCAGAGAGCAGGUUGUCAAAGCCAACACUUUGGUGCGAGAAGCCAACUUUUUGGCAGAGGAGAUGAACAAACUCACCGAUUAUCAGGUCACCCUUCAGAUUCCCGCAGCCAACCUCAGCGCCAACCGUAAGCGUGGCGCUAUCGUGAGCGAGCCAGCCAUUCAGGUGCGGAGGAAAGGGAAGGGGACCCAGGUUUGGACCAUUGAAAAGCUGGAGAACAAACUUGUAGACAUGAGAGACCACUACAGAGACUGGAAAGAGGGCACAGAGGAAACGUAUAACAAAGCAAGCAGUAAGCACUGUGAUCCUUUCUACGAGGCGCAAGAGAACCACAACCUGAUUGGGGUGGCCAACAUUUUUCUCGAGUGCCUUUUCCAUGAUGUCAAGCUGCAGUAUGCUGUCCCCAUCAUCAGCCAGCAGGGAGAGGUAGCAGGCAGGCUGCACGUUGAGCUGAUGCGAGUGAGUGGAGCUGUACCGGAGCGCCUGUGUAGCGGGGACGACUCUUCGGAGAACUCCAGUGAAAAUAGUUGCUACGAGGUCAUGGACACCAACGGAGAGAUCGUCCACAUGGCCAAAAGGCUCACCUGCAGGGUGCGGAUCAGGGAUGCCACAGGACUGCCGCUCAACCUGUCCAACUUUGUCUUCUGUCAGUACAUGUUCUGGGAGCAUGGUGAGCCCACUGUGGCUCCUCCCAUGGUCAGCCCAGAUAGACCAUCCCCUCGAAGCCCAGAUGCUCAGUUCACGGUCCAGUUUGAUCACUGCAAGGACUACGUUGUGCACGUGACAGAUGAGUUUUUAGAGUUUAUAUCAGAUGGAGCGCUGGCCAUAGAAGUGUGGGGUCAUCGCUGUGCUGGGAAUGGUCGUUCUCUCUGGGAGUUGGAUGCACUGGAAGCCAAGACCCAGACGCUCCGGGACAGGUGGAGCGAUGUGUCUCGCCGGAUCGAGCUGUGGAUCGCCAUCCAAGAGCUUAAUGAGCAGGGAGAGUAUGCAUCUGUGGAGCUGCAACCUGGGAAAGACAUCAGCACAGGAGGAGUCUUCCAACUCCGACAGGGUCACUCCAGGAGACUGCAGGUGUCUGUGAAACCGGUCCAGAACUCAGGCACUCUGCCCUUGCUGGUGGAGGCUGUUCUGUCUGUCUCUAUUGGGUGUGUGUCGGCUCGCUCCACCAAACUACAGAGACCACUCGACAGCUACCAGAGAGAGGUGGAAGACGAUAUGGAUAGUUAUCAGGAAGAGGAUCUCAACUGUGUUAGAGAGCGCUGGUCAGAUGCACUAAUCAAACGUCGGGAGUAUCUUGACGAACAAAUCAAGAAAAUCAUCAACAAACAGGAGAAGUCAGAGGAGGACAUUGAGCGUGAAGCUCGGCUGGUGGAGCAGUGGGUCGGGCUGACUGAAGAGAGAAAUGCAGUGCUGGUACCUGCACCUGGUAGUGGCAUCCCGGGAGCUCCUGCAGACUGGACUCCACCUGCAGGAAUGGAAGCUCACAUUCCUGUACUCUUCCUGGAUUUAAAUGCGGAUAAUCUGACAGUGAACGAGCAGCUGACCGGCCCACAUGCUGCAGGCGUUAACUCUAUACUGCCCAAAGAGCACGGCAGCCAGUUCUUCUAUCUACCUAUCAUUAGGCACAGUGAUGAGGAGGUGUCAGCAGUGUGCUCCUGGGAUUCAUCCAUUCAUGAUUCUGUUCACCUCAACCGGGUCACGUCGCCAAAUGAACGCAUCUACCUGAUCAUUAAAGCCACGGUGCAGCUCAGCCACCCUGCCUCCAUGGAGCUGGUGCUCCGCAAGAGGAUUGCUGUCAACAUCUACAACAAACAGAGUUUCACUCAGAGCCUCAAGAGAAGAAUGUCGCUAAAGAACAUGCUUUACUCCUGCAGUGUGACUUAUGAGAUAGUUUCCAACAUACCAAAGGCUUCGGAGGAGCCAGAGGAGAGGGAAACCUUGGCUCUCAUGGCUGCUCGUGGGGACAGCGAGGAGACUCAGGAUGGAGAAACUUACAUAGAAAAAUACACCCGGGGAGUUCUGGAGGUGGAGAACAUCCUUAGCCUGGAGAGGCUACGACAGGCUGUGACAGUGAAGGAAGCACUCGCUGCCAAGGGGAGACACUUAAGGAGGAGUAUCAGCACACCAAAUGUACAGCAAUCUUUAUGUAGUAAAACAGACCUGACUGGUUGUGAAGAUGAAGACUGUAAGGAUCACUGUGACCGUGUGGACAGCACCAACUGUAAUCCACAGGACGGCUCCCUUUGUACCACACCCAUUAAAAAGGAGAGUUCAGGGUUGGUUCCAGACAGUUCGACCUUUUUUAUUGCCAGCCCCUUUAAAGUCCUCUCCCCACAACCUCCUAAAUUCCUCAAGUCUCUUCUUCCUGUCAAAGAGGAAAACAAGGCCAAGAAAGUUCUUGAGGCCCGGCCGCUGCUGGGACACGAGAGCAUGCGCUCAUGUGUGGACAGCCCUGCACUGCUCCCCCCUCCCUGCCCCUGGCGCCGACCCAGGGCAGGCAGCGAGGGCCACUGCAAGCCUUCCACCUCCACCUCCACCCCCACCUCCACUCCCACCAGCAGACAGCUCAGCCACACACUGCCACACACUGCUGACUCUGAAGACGAGGAGACGGAUGUGCGCAUGGCUCUAAGUCUAAAUCGUGGCUCUCAGGACCAAAGCACCUUACAGCCUUACGUCCCAGAGGACUUUGCAAACUUUGAGAUCUACAACGCCACUCUGGAGAGCCAGGAGGGGUUUCGCUCUGACUUGAAGGGGAGCCGUUGUGGAGGUGGGAGCAGCGAGAGAGAGGUGUCGCGAAGCCCCACGAACAGCAGUUGCACUAGUGGUUACUUUUCACACAGUGCCUCCAAUGCCACGCUGUCUGACAUGCCUUUCAGUGCCAGUGAGAGCUCUGACCAUAUCAGCUGCACCUCCAGAGAUUCCCAUGACCCUCUUGGCUGCCCUGUUGGAAGAGGCGGCACCCGAACCAAAGGUGUUUCUGCAGGGAGUGAUGCUCAGCCACGACCUCUUUCGGCAGAUGGGGUUCAGGACCUGCUCAUCCAUUCAGCCUCCUCACCUAUCAGUAUUCCUAAUUGCACUGAUAAGCCACAGUCAUUUCCUUCACCAAACAACUGUGUACUCAGUACCAGCCAGGAGUUUACUGACUUUAAAGGGGCUGAUGACAGCGUUGGUGUAGCUGAUUUGGAACAUUUUACACAGGGAUGGGGGGAGGAGGGGUUGGAGGUUUGUACAAACGAGCAGAAGAAAACAGUCGAUGUAGAAACACGUGACACUGACAAUCAGCUCACCUCUGAUGUCUCUGGUAUUCUUAAGACAUCUCUUCCCGAAAAGACAAUAUGCAAAUAUCCUAAUUAUGAAAACGCCGUUAGUGUAGGUGUGUCCUGCCCUAACACAACAGUGUUUUGCACUUCAGUCAGAGCCCCAGUCUCCGCCUCUCCAGCCCAAAUAAAUCCUGCUGCAUCGGUCCCACCUCCACAAUCGCCAUCUCUACUCACAUCGUUACCUACAGCCACGUCUUCAGCUCCAGCUCUGCGAGCAGGAGGAGAACCUCCCAUUCAGGAGCCAGCCCAAGGGGAUCUGCCCCAUGGAAGUCCCUGUCCCAGUCCAAAUCCCAGCAGCGCCGAGCCCUCUGGAGACUCCAGUGGGGAUGAGAGCACUCCUGUUGCUCAGCUUCCUGACUGGAUGGCACCUGGUGAGCAGGUGUGGGUGGGGAAGAGGAGAGGAACGGUCCACUAUGUGGGAGGGGUGGAGUUUGCCAAGGGGAUCUGGAUUGGUGUGAAGCUGGACAUGGCAGUGGGUAAGCACAAUGGGACAGUCCAGGGCAGGGUGUACUUCCGCUGUCCCCCAGGCCACGGCGUGUUUGUCAAGCCCUCUCGUCUCACCAGAGGACCACCCUCCAUGGACACAGAACCGCAGACUCUGAUCAGAUAGGACCCAAAGAAGGACGCAUUUUCCGGGGAGUUGCAGGGAUCUGAGCGUGGUCCUCAGAUCCUCUUCGGCCUCCCUUCGUAUUAUCUUUUUGACCACUCAAGUCUCUGAGCUGAAGGAGUCUGUGCUGUCUGAAAGCAUAUCUUACCUGUGCAUUUAAUGAAGGUAUAUCCUAAUUAUUGUUCACUGACAACAACAACAAAAAUCACUAUGCACAUAUCUUAGUUUUCUAUAUGGUGAUAUUUUUAUAGAAAACUUUAAUCUGGGAGUCUUUAUACAAUAUUACCCACAUACUUUUUGUUACAUUGGUUCUGAACACUACCGUAUUUUUGUAAGGCAAUGC